AUGUCUCCACCACCAUUAAACAACGACACAACCAGAAGCAUCACCAUCUUACAGCAAGAGCCACUCACGGAACUUGGCAACCUGCGUUGGUUGAAUCCAAAUGUCGCUGCUCGAGUCCAAAACCAACAACCUACCUCAACAAAUGCAGCCAGAGCUUUGUUUCGCAUCACUUCAAUAGCUGCCUCAUCGCCCCACAAUCCCUCGAAUUCUGCAACAACUCGACAAUCUUCUGCCUUUUCGCCUCUCGAACGUGAAGCCCUCAUCAGGAUUCAACACGCCUCGCAAUUGCAAGAAUCGGCUACUCAAUUGCAUCUACAAAGACCUCCAGAACGGAGAAGCAGUUUGGCAACUAGUGGGAAUGCUCCAUCGAACGUUCGGCCGGCUUUCAGAAGUAAAUCAGAGUGCAACUGGUUUGUGAGGACUACACUACUAGAAACUGCCAUUGUAGAAUACGAGAUGUUGCAUGCUUGCAGUGGUUAUCAUGUCACUCAGCCCUGCUCAUCAUGCUUGACUGCAUGUAACAAUGGACAUUUCUGGAUGUUUUUGUUGUCUAUUGGAUUGUGUCUUCCAGAACUCUGA